AUGAAUUUAAAUGUGUUAAAAAGCUUACUUCCACCUAAUAUAUUUGAAAAAAUUGAUAAAGCUGGUAUAGCCACCCCUCGUCAGUUGUUGGUACUUUCGGUGUGGGACAUAAAAAAAGUUACUAACAUAGCAACUGAAGAUAUCUUAUUUUUAAAGAAUGUUGUUUCCAACUCCUUAAAUCCAUCUAGCUUCACUUGCGAUGAACUUCUCAAAACACAAAAAGUACGGAAAAUAGCAACGAGAUGUAUAAACAUUGAUAAUUUACUACAUGGGGGCUUUCGCACAGGUACUAUUACAGAAGUAUACGGUGAAAGCGGAUCUGGUAAAACACAACUUGGAAUUAUAGCAGCAAUAAAUAGUUGGCCCAAUAAAAGUGUGUACAUUUGCACUGAAGAUUUAUUCCCAGUGAAACGGUUAAAUCAAAUUAUUGAUUCAUCUCGUGAUAAGUUUGACAGUCGUUGUGCCAAACAUAUUUUUGUGGAGCAUCUCACUGAAUCUCAUGAACUUCUGUCAUGUGUUAGAGUCCGGUUACCAAAAUUGCUGGAGGCAAAUGAAGUAUCUGUAAUAAUAAUUGACUCCAUUGCUGCUCCUUUUAGAUGUGAAAGUACAAAUUAUGUGAAGAGGGCUGAAGAUUUAAGAGAAGUUGCUAUAAUGCUGUUAUCUCUUGCACAAAAGUAUAACUUAGCUAUCAUUUGCAUAAACCAAGUAACUGCAUCAUUUGGUGGUUCAUUAAAUGUGCUACCAUCUCUUGGACUGGCUUGGUCAAAUAUGGUUACAUAUAGGUUGUGUUUAAAAAAAAUAGCAAAAGAUGUGAAUUUGAAUAAUAAAGAAUGUUUACAAAAAAAUUCAGAAAAUUUACAUUGCAACACAUACAUAAGGGAACUCUCUAUAGUGUAUGCUCCAGAUUUGCCAAAUUCAUCAACUAAAUUUAUAAUAACAUCUGAUGGAGUGCAAAGUAUAUAA